AUGAAGGUGAUAUUAUUGUUUUCGUUCCUGGCUGUGGCUUCCAGCUAUCCUAUCGUGAAGACAUGGACCCUCACUGAACUGUCCACAGCCAUUGAGACCAAGCAAGUGGGCCCUGACAUGAUGCCAUACCUGGAGGCAGCUCUCAACGAGAUCAUGUAUGGACUGUUUACGGGUAAAACUGAUUCCAUCCACGCAGCCAUUCCAUCACCAACAGGAGCUGAUACCUGGACCGUGCAGGAGUUGAAGCAAGCUCUUAAAGAUUCCAGCGUGAGGCCUGAGUACCGUCCAGCGCUGUUGCAGGCACAGGCCUUUGUGGAGCACAAGAAUGAAACUGGAGAACUAGAGGAGCCCGUGCAAGUACUGAUCCCAGCUUUAGACAUUGCCACAUGGAGUGAGUCCGACCUGUUGGAAGCUCUGAACAAUCCCAGCACUAAGGAAGAACUCCGGCCUUUCUUGGAGAAGGCAUUCAAUGAUCUAAGAGAUGCUCAAGAAGAGGGAGAAACACGGAACAUUGUUUACACAGUCACUCCUGUUGGUCUGAUACCUCCUAAGUCUGACUACGACUUCUUACUAAAGCCAUCGAAACGCCUCAUCAAGAAGACUAAGAAGGGACUGUAA